GCAGCCGCCAGGUCCCCGGCCACGAAGAGCAGCUUUCCGAAGACCUCGGUGAGGAACACGUUGGGCGUCAGCAGCCAGGCCAGGAGCGGCGUGUAGCGUGCAGCAUCCAAAAGCGGAUCAAAUUUGUGGGACAUGGCACAAGGAAAUAAUUAUGGGCAAAGCAGCAAUGGGGUGGCUGAUGAAUCCCCAAACAUGCUGGUGUACAGAAAGAUGGAAGAUGUCAUAGCCCGCAUGCAAGAUGAGAAAAAUGGGAUUCCUAUUCGGACAGUGAAAAGUUUUCUUUCCAAGAUUCCCAGUGUCUUUUCUGGUUCAGAUAUUGUUCAAUGGUUAACGAAGAACUUAUCGAUAGAAGACCCAGUUGAAGCUCUGCAUUUGGGAACUCUGAUGGCAGCACAUGGCUAUUUCUUCCCAAUCUCAGACCAUGUUCUAACACUGAAGGAUGAUGGCACCUUUUAUCGAUUCCAGACACCCUAUUUUUGGCCAUCAAAUUGUUGGGAGCCGGAAAACACAGACUAUGCUGUUUACCUCUGCAAGCGGACAAUGCAAAACAAAGCAAGGCUAGAACUAGCAGACUAUGAAGCUGAGAGUUUGGCCAGGCUACAGCGAGCCUUUGCUCGGAAAUGGGAGUUUAUUUUUAUGCAAGCUGAAGCACAAGCAAAGGUGGACAAGAAGAGAGACAAGAUAGAGAGGAAGAUUCUUGACAGUCAGGAGCGAGCAUUUUGGGAUGUGCACCGCCCGGUGCCUGGCUGUGUAAACACUACUGAAGUGGAUAUAAAAAAAUCUUCAAGAAUGAGAAAUCCACAUAAAACAAGAAAGUCUGUCUAUGGCUUACAAAAUGACAUUCGAAGUCACAGCCCUACGCACACGCCAGUGCCAGAGACUAAGCCACCCACAGAAGAUGAACUACACCAAGAGAUUAAGCACUGGCAAAUGCAAUUAGACAGGCAUAGAUUAAAAAUGUCAAAAGUUGCAGAGAGUCUAUUAGCUUAUACAGAGCAGUAUUUGGAAUAUGAUCCUUUUCUUGUGCCCCCUGAUCCCUCAAACCCUUGGAUAUCAGAUGACACCACUUUCUGGGAACUGGAGGCAAGCAAAGAGCCUGGACAGCAGAGGGUGAAACGAUGGGGAUUUGGCAUGGAUGAAGCUUUGAAAGACCCUGUGGGAAGAGAGCAGUUUCUGAAAUUCUUGGAGUCAGAAUUCAGUUCAGAAAAUUUAAGGUUCUGGUUAGCAGUAGAAGACCUGAAGAAGAGGCCAAUCCGGGAAGUUCCUGCUCGCGUCCAAGAAAUCUGGCAAGAAUUUCUUGCUCCAGGUGCACCCAGCGCCAUCAACCUAGAUUCAAAAAGUUAUGACAAAACCACUCAGAAUGUGAAGGAACCUGGAAGAUACACGUUUGAAGAUGCUCAGGAGCACAUUUACAAACUGAUGAAAAGUGAUUCUUAUCCUCGUUUUAUACGAUCCAGUGCCUACCAGGAGCUGCUACAGGCCAAGAAAAAGGUAUUGGUCCAUCUUGCCUUUGUCUUGCCACUGUGCAAAGCAGUGGUUAUGUUUGCAACAAUACUCAGUCUUCUCUCCCCUGUGCCAGUGCAACUGGAUAUCUGGUAGGUGACCAGCUUGGCGUUUUUGGAGGGUCACAUACACACAGGAGUUCAAUAUACAUAUAUGUGUAUAUAUCCUGCAUGCGGGCAUGUUUCAAUAAGUUAAUCUAGCAAAACUUAUUUUUAUUUUUACAUCCCAUAUUGUACUGUUUUCUCUGUUAUGAAGCACCUUAAAUUGCAAAGUGCUUUACAAAUACAUUAAAAAAAAUAAAAUAAAAUCCCAGAAGAAUAGUCUUUCAUGUUUGCAAGUUUGCUUAUGUAAUAAUUGUUGUUCUCUUUAUUCCACCUAUGAAAGCUACAGAAUGUGUUUAGAAACAAUCUUAUUCAUAUGAAUAACUUCUAACUUCAACUAUAAAUAUAGGGGCUUCUCAAUUUUGUUUCUUUCCCUAUUACUACAUGAAUAGUUUUGAGUAGGGUAGGAAUCUGACUUGAAAGACUGAUCAUGUCAUAUUUUGGCAAACAGAGGUUCAUGUCUUGGCAUGUAAUAUUUCCUUAGAAAAGUCCAGUUAUGGAAUGGGUUCUGAAUAGCCACAGCCCAGAGUAUGUGGAGCAGCUUGUACAAUGCAGAUUUCCAUGAUGAUAAAUAAUUCUAUUAGUGGGCUCUAAACAGUAAUCUCCUAGAAUCAGCUGGGAGCCCUGUGCCUUGCAAAAUCGGGGCCCCGAUUGUUACUGGAACGAGGUAGUUAUUAACACCUAGCAUUCUAUUGUUAAUAAUGACGACCUAAAAUUAUAUGAAAGUACUGUGUGAUUUUGUUUUUUGUUCAAACGUUGAUUUCUGAAGAUCCAAUAUAGAGAGAGAUGUUGAAAAUACCAGAAAGCUUCAACUGUCCGUGUGAAGUCCUUAAGUUUGUGAAUGUCAGUUCAUUAACACAAGAUGUGCACUUCAUUAUUUCUUUUUACUUUCAGUUUUUCUUUAAAUUCAAACCAGUUUGAUCCCCCUGAAAAAUUAUUUUUGUCUAGUACUGUAUCUGUUUUGCCCAUCCCCUGUUUUGCCAAGUCCCAUUACAGCCUCAUACCUGUGUUUGCUUCCUGAUUUAUACAAACUUUGUUUUGCAGUCCAUUGUUACAUCAAACCUCCUUUUCUAUUCCAUUGUUCUUGCUUUUCUUUUCCCCCUCCUUUUUCUUUUUGUUUCUUUUGUUUUAUUUAUUUCAAAUUUAAGUUGGAAAACACUCUGGAUCGUCGAACAUCUUUUGAGAAAUUCACACGCAAUGUGGUAAGUUUGUUGCCUCGGAAGACUAGUAAGCCUGAUGGGACAUCCUUCUUCCCUUCCCCUCACUGAUCCCUACUUUCCCUUUUGCUGCUCUAACUUGGUGGUUAAAAGUGUAUUCAUCACAGCUUGUGAAUUUUCCUGGGAAUGACAGCUUUAUAAUGUGCUUUCAUUACAACCCCUCCUCCCUAGUCCCUUUCCCACUGAUCUCAGUAGUCACACAUGGAGGAAUGGACCUUUGGGAGCCAUGCUUUUUGCAUUAGGAAGCAUGAAAUUAGUCACUUUUUCCCCCCUAUAAUUUUAGUAAAGAAUCUGUGAAAACAUGCUUGAUGUUGUUUCUUUUUCUGGUGCCUUCUAAAAUACUAGGUCUAAAACACUUGAAUACAUUGGAUUUCUAUUCUGUCUUCUUUUAAUUUUACUAAAAAAGAACUUGUCCCCAUUUUUUCAAUUGGGCACAGGGAAAAAAACAAUAAUAAUUUUCCCAUCUUCCUUAAUGUCUAACAGCUUCUACAGGACCAAAGAAUUCAUGCUGUUUAUGUGCAAGGGUUUGAUUUGGAUUCCUUUUCAUAAUGGACUAAAAGAACUGAUUUUUUUUCUUUUCAAUGUAUAACUUUCAAAAGCUAUUUCUCAAAGGCAAAAAAAAUUAAGGCUGGUAGAUUUUGUCUGAGCAUUCUUUUGCCACCUGCCAGAAGAUCCACUGAUUUCGUGAUACUUGGGAUUCUUUUUACUUAUCCAGUUUCUUUGGGAUUUUUUUUUUCCUUUUACAUUGUGAAAGCUCCAACUAAAGAAUUCAACGCAUUUAUUUUUGUAGGGCAGAAACAUCCCUAUUUUUCCAUGCCAUAAAAACUGUACACCAACACUGAGGGCGAGCACUAACCUGUUAUGAAAAGAGGUAGAAAGAUCUUGGAUUAUACUCGAGUUUGUCUGCAUUGUCUGUUGAAUCGUGCAGGUGACGCUGCUCCGUGUGUGUGCGUGUGUGUGCGUCAGUGGCUUUUUCUGUGACCUGGUUAGUGGAGCUGUGUGUGUUGAAAUGGACAAAAUGAGAGCUUUCAGCAAAGAUCAUGGUUUUUGUUUUGUCAGUUUCUAGGGAAGGAGAAGCAGUUGUCAGAAACUGUCUCCCCUGUAAUGAGGCUCAAGAGGGUUGCCUCAAGUAUUUAAAAAAUACAUAUAUACUUUUCAGUAAUCAAAAAAAGAAAAAAAAACACUGUGAAAGUUUUGUGAGGCUGUGGGAAUAUCUCACUUUUAAAAACAAAACAGUAAUUCUUUAACUACUUUCUUAUAGGUAAAGGCUUCCUGUAAUAUACUUUGAAUCCACUGUAAUCAGGAAGAAAUUUGGAUUCAAUGGGACAAAGUCAGUAAAGGACACUAAAAGUAAAUAAACAGCUACAAAGGAAACUAUCCCAAUGUUUGAAACAAAAACCCCUGUGUUUUGCAUGGUGGUGUUGCCGUAGCAUGUUGCAGUGUGAUUUGUGUGUUGUCUAAACAGGUUGGAUCUAUAAAACAACAUUGUACAUGGUAGCACUCUACAUGAUAAUUCCAUUACAAUUCAGUAGGAAGUUCCAUAUUAAUAAAAAGUCUGUAAAAGAGAGUGCAUAGAGUGGGUAACACAUACAGGCCUCUGCGAGCCAGACUUUUUCCCAGUCACAGUGCCUGGCAAGCUGCAAUGCUGCAUUUAUUCAUGGCAUUUUGAGCAGCCCAGGGGUCAGGAAUUGGCUGUGGUAAACACUGUGCAAACAGGUGGCCAUGAGGGGGGAAUGGCAAGCUGCAGGUAGAGGGGUUGGGAGUACAGUGCAGAAGGGGAAAAUGGGAAGACACGACUGGGAGAUGCUGAAAUCCCUCCCAGAGCAGCCUUACAGAUAAACCAGCAGUUCUGGGCACAAACAUGGGAGCAUUGUGCCCUGCAGCCAUGCCCAAUUUUAUUCCUGCUAAUCUCAGGGCAGAAGUACCAGAAUAGCAGCAUGCCAGAGGUGCAAGGCAGGCCCAAUAAACCAGCUAUGAACUAGAAAUGGAAAAGAGGAUUUCCGGACAUUAGUAGUUUAGUAGAAGAGGGGGAUUUUUUUUUUUUUUACUUUUUCACAGAGCAAACUCUGGAAUAAAAUCUGUGGUUUUGCUUUUUUCCAACUAUUGCCUGUUAACCUGGGUGGAGUCUGUCAAGUCGGGUGAGGUAUGAAAGAAAAACAUGUCACUGCUAGAUCUGUAAUCUCUAUUAGACUGACAGCUCUCAGGCUGGCAAAUUAAUCCAGAAUAUCAGGAUGCUCAAAUGCAAACCUUUUUUUCCAAGAUGACUGAAUUCAUGUCAACCACUUCCUCAGGACCUCUUUCCACCAGACAUCCUUGUUCUUCCACUCUUGUUCUUGGUUGUGAUGAGUUUAUAAUAUGUAAUUAUCUAUCUUGGUACAGUGGUUCCAAACAGCAGAGAUGAGGGAAACAUUUCUCAGGAUAUUCUACAGGGUACUGAUUAACUUGAUCAGCUGUGAAGUGAGGGACUGUGGAAUAGAUCUGGUCUACUGAUUAAUACAGAAGAUAGGUGUGAAAAGGGUCUUCUGCAACCUGGAUAAAUGCUAUCAUCUCUGAUUUUUUGAGAUGAAAAUUACAGUUUCUUUUCUCUGAUGUUUGCAAUAUUAAGACUAAUUUUCACUGGAUUUUUUUUCCUCAGUUAUAUCAAAUGUAUUUAUAUUAUAUCAAUAUAUUUGUAUUAAACUAAAUCAGACCUAAUUUUCUUCCAUGUGAAGUGUUUAAUAAAAACACAGUAACCUUGGCUGUGUCUAGGGACUCAAUCUGAACAGAUGGACUUGUAAUUCAUUAUCUGAUUUGUUGACUCUAGGAGGCUCCUGAUCAAUGUUAAACGAAAUUGGGUUACACUUGCUACAGAAAGCAUUUGUUAAACUAGAAAUUUUUGAAACUUUGUAGAGGGCCAUUACUCUGUUCUAUUUCAUGAAUUGCAUGGAAAUAACCUAUUAUAAUGAGUCAUGAGUCUGAUGGAGAAAAAAUAGAAGUGGAGCUAUACAUUAGCCUCAGCUCUGCAUUUCUUUGACAUUGAAGGGUUUUCUUUCCAGAAAAUUUUCAGUAAGCUGGUGCAGUUCAUGAAAGGUCUAAAUGCUCAGUUUAAAAACUGCCUAAUUAGCUGCUCUGUAGAUUUUAUAGUGCAAAAUUGCUAAUGCCUUCAGCAGUCUACAGCAGAAAAUAUGGUUAGCCUUAGAAACAAAUCUGCAUUCACAUAAAAUACACAGAAGUCAUAGCAAGCUGGCAUUUGCUACAUGUAAUAUUUAUUACUGAACACUUUGUAGUUUGUAUCUGAGUAGUAACCCCAGCUAUCCUUAGCCUGCCUCACUUACACUCUUGGGUACUGUGAAAAUACAGAGCCCAGACCCUGCAGCGCUACUGGGAUGAAGCCAUCAGAUAAGUGCUGUGACAUGGGCAGCCAUGAGUGUCACAGCUUUGAGUCACAGGACAGAGAGCAGUGACACUGCUCUGGGCUCCCCCCCUGCCUAGCUCAGCACCUCAGCUUUCUCUUUGAGACUGAUAAAAGUCCAGUCCCCUGCAGCUCCCCAAGGGGCUAGGGAAGUGAAAGAUCUAAGGGAUGGAGCUGGAGGAUCUCAUUGCAUGCUAAAGCAGUAGAGAGGCCAAAAUCAGCAGUUUCUGUGGCAUUUAAAAACUCAAAUUCUUUUGAAGAAUUCACAUGGGGAAAAAAUAUUUAAAAAAUUUAAAAUGAAAAAUUAAAAAGCUCAGCAAAUUUACCUCAAGUGCUAAUAUCUAAAUCACAGGGGUGGGAAGUAGGUGAAUAUACACUGGAAAUGUUGAUGGGGGCAAAGAGGUUCUUAAGGGAGCAAUUUUGUCUGUAAUUUCUCAUGUGCAUGCAGGACUUAUGACAGUGGCAGACAGAGCAGGACUAGAGCCCCAGCCUGAGGCUUAGCUGUGAUUACUGGUCUGGAACCCUCAAGACAGAGGGUCCUGCUUUACAGGGGGAAUGAGUUAAUUUAAUUUCCACCCCAUGCAAAUUUUAUUGUCCCACCAGGAACUAAGUUAGUGAGGCAAGAAGGGGUAGCCUCCCUCCCUAGAGCUGUGGGGGGAGCCCCACUCCAUCCUCAUGCCUUGGUGCCAUGACUCCAGGCACCACCAUCAGUGCUAGCAUUUCAUCUGUCACUGCACAGUUAUACACAACACAUAAAAAUAAAGAGGUGCUUGUAUGUUUGUGAGGCCCUAGGGAAAUACAGCCAGUACAAAACAGACCAAGUUCAGUUCAUAUAUUAAAUUAGAAAGCUAUCAAACUCUAAUUAUCUCCAGUCAUAACCUCAUAAACAAGACCCCAUUUAAUAAUUCUGAGUUUGAAACCAUUAUAUCUUAUAUUACCUGUAUCCUUUCCAGCUGUCUUCUCCCACUUACCUGGAAGAACCUGCUGACCAGAGUCCUUUGAUAUUUUUCCCCCCUCCAAACCAGUAACAACAGACCAUUUCAUGCAUGAGAUUUGACAUGCAAAGGCCAUUGAACAGACACAUUUUCACUGAGUUUCAAUCCAAUGUCACUUAACGUGACAUUGUGAAUUACUGCCUAGAGAUGGGAAUGAAAACUCAUAAAAGCAGCUUCCUCUGUUUUUAUCAGUAGGUCAUAGACUUUCUAGAUGUUUAAACAAGUGUAAUCUCUUUUCAUGUUAAAAUCUAUCACUUUUAUAGAGGAACAAAGCACAUAAACAAUCAAUUUAAUCUGUUAAUCAAGAAAUUUUACUAUAUGAAUAGGUAAAACUUGUGUGCCCUACUGUGCCAGACCAAAAUUUCAUCUAGUCCUGAAACCCUGCCAAGGGCUAGAUUUUUCUCAAGUAUUUCAUUAUCCAAGAAAUUCAAUGCAGUUUCAGCUCUGGAAUCUCAUUUUGAAUUUACUUACAGGUUGUUUCCAAAAUUUAAACAAAAACCCAGUUAGUUAGAAAAAAUAUAAAUCACAAAGCUACUUAUUUUAUAAAUACAAAACAUGAAUGAAAAUAAUAAUUAAUUGUAGUUAUGAAGGCCUUCUCCAUUUCAGGAAGAGAUGUCUUAUUUGUAUUUGAAUAAAAAGAACAAAUAAAUUUAAAUUUUUAUUUUGGCCUACUAAUUUGUAAGAACCCCUAGUUUAAGGAGUUUUUUUAAGAGCUGUGCCCACAGAGGUAAAGCACAUGCCAAUGAGGAAUGGCAUCCUUGUGGUGUUCUGCAGUGAGUGGAGCUAAGCUGCUCUGUGCUGGAAGAGAGGAGCUUAGGAGUAACACUUACACAGCCAGGAUCAUCCAAGUGAGGAGCCAGCACAGACUGGCCAGGUACUGGGCUAGAGUCUGCCAUUUUCCAGCUGACAAAAAUGUACCUGAUUCUUAGGCUAUUUGAAGGAAUGAGAACUGCAGAGAGGUAUGGAAACUUGAGGAGUCAGGACCAGGACAAACAUACUAAAAAAAUAUUUUUCUUGUGCAUCAGUUCCUUGGAAACCUGCAUUUCAGAUGGUUAUUCAAAUUCAAACUAGCCCAUCUGGCAAGAGGUUUUAGCUUAAUCACAAAUGAGAGCAGCUCAUCAGUAAAUGCAAAGUGCAAAAGGAGAAAGAAAUGGAUGUCACUGGAUUUGGAGGGAGCCAAAACAGGAAAGCAUUUGUUCAGCCACUGCCUCCUGCUUCAGAUCAUUGCAGGAAACAGUUUGGCCCUAAUGAGAAAGGAACAAAGGGCUGCAAAUCUCAGCCAGAGGCAGAAGGAUUUCCCUGCACAUGUAACCACUUAGCACUGCAGCUGUGCUGACAACUUGUUCCCCAAAUUCAGUAAAUACCAGCCUUAUCCCCUUCCUAUCAUCUGAAAGAGAAAUACACCUGCACAGAUGGCUGGCAGCAGCAUCCUCUGGAAGCUGAAGCAGAAUUCUGAACCCCAGAGCAGUGCUGAAGCAAUUCCCUUCUGCUAGUAGAGCAAGGGUUGCCUCACCAUGGAAAAGGAUUUACUGCUGCUUCUCCCAUGCCUCUCCAGAUGUGCUGCUGUCAGGGGCUCUUUGCCCCCCAGCUCUGUCUGUAGUGCCAUGCAAUGUCACUUGGAAGCUUUCCCUACUGAUCUGGCUGAGUUGGGAGUGUGCUGCAGGUGUUUCACACCUGAGCAGAUGGGGAACUGAGACCAAGGAGGGCUGCUUCUCGCUCCACAUCUCAUUUUGCUCACAGUGAGAUUCCACCUCUCCUUCUCCAUCAGAUGCAUGGAAUUCUUUUUUCUAGUGCUACCAGUAUAGGUCCUGAGGAGUAGCACCUGCACUGGCAAUAAAGAAGCAUGAAGAAGGAAUAGUUCAGGUUGCAUAGCAGAAAGGAAGAUCAUCUAAAAGGAAAAGAUAUGAUCUUUCUCUACCAUACAUUUCAACUCCAACACCUGUAGACAUGUCAUAUUGAUUUAUUUUAAGCCACAUACGUAAGGAGGUUGUUGCUGACUUUUUUCUUGUAUCAUUUGAGGUGUUAGUGUCAUGCUACAUAAAUGGGUCAGUCAGCACAACUGUAUUUAGCAGCAUCUGUACACAGCUUUACAAUUUUGCCCCUUAAAUUCACUAGAAGUGAAGCUGAAAACUCCGUGUCAAGCAGUUAGUGUGUUCAAAUAGGGACUGAAUGCUGAGGCCAAUUAAUUUGGUACUUUUAGAUGUACUUCUUCACUCCAGCUGCUGUGCUGCCUUCUCAUACUCUGACUCCCUUGUCAGGGUAUGUGUGCAGGGUUCCAUUUUAUUAGUAAAAUUCUUAAAUUGUUGCAGUUUUUAUGUCCAAAGUGCACGAAUAUAGCCAAAAACAUCCUAAUAAUCCUUAUAAUUUAGCCAUAUGCUUCUAAAUGUUGAUGGCAAGAAUACAUUGAAAAUAUUAAGGAUCUCCUUUUCAUUAUUCAGAUAAAUAUUUACUACUUCUGAUUUGUCCCUUCCCCAAUUUUCUUUAUUCUCAUUAGCACAGGAAACAUCUUCCUAUGCUACAACUCUGAAAACUGCCAUGUUAGAUGCAGGUUCCCAAAUCAAAAUCUGGUUUAUAGAAAUGCUGUUAACAUUGUAUCUGAAAUAAAUAGUUAGGCUCAGCUCUCAAAUAAUUACCCACAAUGGAUGAUCCUUACAUCAGUCUGUAAAUUAAGUAAAUCUGGAAAUCUCCUAGAAGCAGUAAUUAUGAAACUCUACCACAGAGAGCAAAAGUAAAAGUAUACUCUGGAACAGAGUUUGAAAGGAAUAUUUUGUAGAGUGGAAAAUAACAAGUCCCUGCAGAUCUAAUAAGAAGAUGUGAUAAUUUUGUAUCUGGGACUGUGUAUUAAAAGCUUAUUUUCUUAAUCAGAGAAUCUAAUAUGAUUCAGAUAAGCAUUUAAGAAGAUCUCUUAAGGAGGGUGUAUCUUCUAAGCUGUCACUUUUCCAACUUUGUGAUAAAUUAGAACUACUAAGGUGUGGAAAAAAAACAUUUGUUGUUGUUGUUGUUGUUGUUGUUCAGAUGCAGGUUUCUCUGAGGCAGGGAGGGGAGUUGAAGGAAGGGGCCAUCAUCCAGAGAGUUGAUGAUGAGAGUUGAUAUCCAGGGAUCGAGUUAUGUGGAACACAGAAAAAAAAUUGUCAUGACAUCUCACUGUGUCUCUAGGAGAAAAUUCAAACAAAAUGUAGAAAACAAUCACACAAAUCAGAUCAACUAAUAAUUACUUUUUGGUCUGAUUUUAUGUCAGGACUUCCUAUUUUAUGUGAUAACAUAAUUCAUUCCUGAGAUGCUAGAAUUUGUUUAUGAUCCAUCUAGAAAUUCCAGAAAUUUUGAAACUUUUAAGUAGUUGUUGCAAAUAAUAAUAAAAAAUUAUUUCACAGAUUAUACCACAACAGGCGUUUAUGCAGCUUUCCAGUGUAGUUUUGAGCAAAUUUUAAUUGAGAACUCCUGGUUUUAUUGUUUUAAUUAAGUGGAUUAUGCAGUUCAGUACUAAAGGGAACUCAUAGAGGUUUACAGAAAGUAGCCAGACUUGUACACCCAUUAACUUAAGUGCAAAUAACCUAAUGAAAGGCAACGAUAAGCAUAUGUUCAAUAUUUUCUGAGAUGAUGUCUAGCACCAAAAGUCCUGAAUUGUCUAAUGAAAUUGUCAAACAAAACAUUAAUCUCAGAAAUGCUUUUAAUGUUUUGAAUUGUGUUCCAAGGCCACACUGCUGUUGAGGCUCUUUUGGCUAUUUAAAAAGAAAAGAUGUCUUACUACAACAACUUACCUGCUGCAUUAGAGGAAAACAUAAUUUAAGGGUUAGAAAGUAUCCAGAAGGUGUGAAUUUAAUAUACAUAGAAAAUGGCAGAUUCAGAGAAGACAGAGCGCCAGGAAGGAGACUUUCCAUCUUUCAAAGAAGUAGGUAAUAAUACUGUCAGGUGAUAUGGGGAACCUGAUGGAUGACCAGUCUAACCCAACAGUGCAAAUCAUGAGCUCCCUUUCAAAUUAUGUUGUAGGGGAAGUAUUCAUCCUAAUUUGUUCAACUUGUAUUUCACAGUACAAAGAAUAAAAAUAGUUAUUCUUCCUUUUAUGGAGACCCACUCUGAUAUAUUGCAUUUGAGCGAAUGCUCAAGACCAACUUACAGAUCCCUGUGAGCUUAAAUUUAAUUGAUAAUGACAAUGGACAAUAAAUUGUGUAAUUCCACUGAGUUAUAAUACUGCAGAUGGCUUAACAACUUAUUGAUAUGGCAGAAUAUGUUCAUUUACUGCCGAAAAUGAAGCAUCUCUCCAUAGUUACAGUAUUUUUUAUUGUAUUCUCCUUGAAACCAGUUUGAUGUUUCUAAAUUGGGCACUUAAAAUGAACAAUAUAUUAAAUGUAAGUAUUAAAUAUCUAACUGGCGAGUUAGAGCCAUUUUCUAUUUAAUGUUUUAUGAUAUAUAUGUGUUACAUUGUCAGGGUAUGCCUGUGAUGUCAGCUUGCUGUGCCAGCUCUGCCUCUGUUGGGUCAGAGCCACAGUAGGAUGGCACUUGGAGAGCCAACUCCUUUUAUGUGGCCAUAGGAGAGCUAGUUCCUGUUCUGUGGUUUCUGUCUGGCUCAGAUGAAGCUCAAAUUUGCCUGAAAUAUACCAGAGUGACAUACCUUACACCAUCUGCUUUAUGCUGUAGACCUAGCUCUUGUGGGACAGUCAUUAACACCUUAUUAAAAGAACUUGCUAAACAAUUGAAACCACAUCCUUGCAACAGGAGGAAUGAUGAGGAAAACAACAAUAUGGAAAUCCAACACCUUCAAAGCAGUGUUAUGCAGUCACAUGUAAUAUACCUGACCAAUGUUCCUCAUAAAUAGUAAAUAUGGUCUCAACCAACCUGUAACUGUGUUCCUGGAAGAGCUGUUUUCCUACAGCUAUAUAUGCAAUCUGCCUCUUACUUUCUUACCUUAACUCUAAAGUAGCUUUUUUGUCCUCUGUGACAGAACUACUGCAGUUUGCACAUUCAUCUUUGCAGCAAGCACAAUGCACUCCUGCUUGUGGUAGCCUUCAAGUUCUGGGUGUGACUGACAGCAAAAACUUCAACAUCAGUUUCUCAUCAGCCAAAACCAAUCUUGUUCAAAAAUGGCCUUUAAAUUUGCUGGCUUGUUCUGUGAAACAAUCUGGCUGGCUGGCAGUGCAGGUGUUUAAGUGUAAGGGCUUCCUGUGGUUUAAGAUUUGACAGACUCCAGUUGGUGCCCCUAGUUAUUUGAGAGUGAUGUGGCAACACUGAGUGGUUGCUGAUGAACAGGUUUGCGGUGAUCAUGCCUCUGUUUUCUGUUUUUGUUUUUUGUUUUUAUCUUUUCCUCAGGGGAAAUCGCUCACAUCAAAGAGGUUAACCAGUCUAGUGCAGUCCUACUAAAAGGAUCACCUUGUAGCAUGGAAGCAGACUCAAAUCAUUAUACAUACUUUGUAGCUCACUGAUUGCCUGACUCAGAGGACAGUAGAACAAGAUGUUGCAUGAGCAAGGACCUGACUUGUUUUCUUUUGUGUAUACUAAGGCAUUACAGACUCCGAGGGACUCUCUAGCCUUUCGAUGCCUCCAUUUCGAAAACUGUCUGCUCACUUCCUCCUUCAUAUCAAGCUGGAUCUGUGUCUUUUUAUUUUCUGCAAGCUCAAGUACAGUGAAAAAAAAGCUUCUGCUAGGCACAGUUUAUUAAAAAAAUACGUCAAUCAAAAACUGGAAGAAAUGUAAAAAAUGCAUAUAUUAAUAAAUAUACAUAUGGCAUCACAUUUAUUGCACAAUAAAUUAGCACAGAAGGUUUCAUUUCACUGAUGUAUUCACAUUGAGAAAGAAAGCCUGUGUCUUUGUCUGUUGUCUGUAUAUUCUCUGUUAAUGUUUCUUGCAUUUAUUUUUAUACCAUAUUUAAAAAAAGAACACCUUUUACUCCAGAUGUAUUAAAGUUGAUCCUUUCUCUGUAAA